AUGCAGCACGCAAAACCAGAACAAGUUACUAAAGUUUCUGGAGCUAACGAAUCUCUCGUCGAAAUCCGAGAAAUAUUCUAUUCUAAACUGCAAGCGCUGGUAGAUGAAUUUCUCCGAUACUAUCGAGACAUCAAUUCAGAGUCACCAAUAUGGCACAUGACAAGAAAUCGAUUUGUUGUCGAUGUGUCACAAUUACCAGAAGAAGUUCACGAAGAAUUUCUAGAAAUGAAGGCUGAUUCGUCCAUGAAAGAUGACCUCCAUCUUUUAACAUUGGAGAAAUUUUGGAUCAAAAGAUUGCCUGUUAAUUCGACAUUUUCCUCUCUUGCUUUACGAAUACUAGUUCCUUUUUCUUCAACUUACUCAUGUGAGACAGGCUUUUCUGCUCUAGUUUUAAUUAAAACUAAACAGCGAAAUCGUCUUGAGGUCGAUAGCGACCUGAUGAUAUCUCUGGCAAAAAUAGAACCUAGAAUCAACCAACUGCGGCAACUCCCAUCCCAGUUGGCGGGGUCGUUUCCGAAAAGCUCCGGGAAAACAAAACCUGGCACGGCCGGAAAGCGAUUUGUCUCUCCUGCAGAACCGACGAGGUGCACUCCCAUAAAUCUGCGCAGCUACAAAGAACCAGAGAACGUUGAUGAACGUUUAAGUGCACCUAUAAAUCCAAGACUGUUUGGAUGCAUGCAGCAUGCAUAUGCAUGUUUUCGUCAGUUCAGUAAUUAG